GUCGGGUUUUUUCUUCUCCUUUCUUAUUUUCAGUUUUUUUUUAAUUGUUAAACAUACAGCACAUGUUUGUUGAGCAUUUGGUCCCAUCCGGGAACAUGUCCUCUCGACAGAAUGAGGCCUGGCACAGCACUUCGUGCGGAUGCUGUCAUGCGGAACUGAGGACGUGGGGACGGCUGGACCCGAGUGCAGGAUCGUUUAUCGGGAACCGAGGGGUCGGGCGAGUUCUCGUUGUCGGGGACGGGCGAAGAGUCAGUUGAUCAGCGUUCAGACUGGGAACGGGGAUCCGUGGACGUAGUCGGGAGACGAGGCGAACGGUCGGAAGUCGGGAACGAAGAACCGGGACUAGGAAUGAAGGGGAUCGGGACAUGGGCGCUAAGGGGGACGGUGCGGACUGGCGCGGAGGCGUCGUUAAACAAGAGCCGCACAACACACACCUACCUCUUCCUCUCGCUUGUUUGUGCUGCCUUAAGCAGUGUGAACAUUGACACUCGAUGCGAUUCUGAAUCCUCGCGCAGCUCUUUCUCUGCACUAACAACGACUGCUGUUUCCCGUCCUUUAUAAUGACCACAGCUGUCCUUUCCUGACGUGGCAAAUGACGGCAAAUUUGUGGCAGAAAGCUCUGAAAAUGCAAAAUGUGGACUAAACGCCGCGGUGCAGACGUGCUUGUAACCCUGUGGAUUUGCCACAAAACACAAGAGCUGGUCAGGGGUAUCGAAGGAGGACACGUCUGAAAAGAGCUCCUGAGCUUCAGAUGACAUCUAUUUCUGUGGAAGGUAGAAGAGAGUCUCUGGCUUCCCUUACCCUCUCGCCAUAUUUGAAACACAAAUUAAAUAUGCUGACAUAUGGAUACGGAAAUAUGCUACUCUUCUGCAGGGAUGUGUGUCAUACAAAUGGUCCCACGGUUUGUGUCACAGUGAGUGCGGUGCUUUUAAAGUCCCUCGGUCGGUUUCAGCCAUCAGUGGCAGCGCAGAACCGAGAUGGAAAAUUCAAUUUUGCUGCAGGAUAUAUUCGGCUAUUAAGAAGAAAGACGAGUCGAUCCCGACCCGUGGAUGCGUACCUGCAAGUCGUCGCAUAUAAAGAGGGACUUUGCCAUCAGUAAUGAUUUCCAGAGGAAGCACACAUUCCAUGGCAACAGGUGCAGUCAAGCAGAAACUUCUCCACGAUGGUCCUGUGGACUGCGGGCUCCUGUGUGCAGCUCUGAACCGGCACUUUCCGGGAACGAGAACCAGACUGACAUUCUUUAAACAGAUUGUUCCCGUCUGGAUAUAACGGGAGCUGUUCCGCAACCUCCUUUUCUCGGACUCUGGGGGGGGGGAUCAGAACGUGGAGUAAAGUUGCUGAGAAGAGAACAAUUCAGGAUCGGUUUCUUGAGAGAUGGCUUCAAAUUCAAACAUUUAAAUGAAUCUAGAACUGUCUCAGACGACAGGGAGGCAGCGGGGGGGCAGUGGCAGUACGGUACUUAGUUACCCUGGAGGUUCUUUACAAUGAGAAUGACACUUAUUUUCACACUUGUGUAAGGGUUUUCUUCUUGACGCUCUUAGGUAAGUUGAACUUCACCCGGUUUAUGACGAAUGAUAGUCAGAUGACUCACAACGAUGCGCACGUGACUUCGUGCGUGAUCGACUGUCGUGUGCGAACAAGCGUGUAAUACAGCAGACACCAGGGCAGCAUAGUUAGCAAAUCCCGUAUAAACAGCUGCUGGCCAACAGAGGUCCCUGCUUCUUCACAAAUGUAAUUUGAUGCAGGAGACACUGCCUAAAGCAGAGGUGUCCAACAACUUUGGCCAUGGGCUGAAAUCACAGUAAGGCACAGGCUGAAUCUUAACUGUUAAACUUGAGAAGAUUUAUUGUGCAGGGACACAGUGUGAAAUACAUGGCUGUCACGGUCACACAAAGACAGGAAGUGUCGCGAACUCACUGGGACGGCGGGAACGCACCGGACACGACUUGGGGAAGUACCCUGCUUUACCCGACCUUACCGUGCCUCGGCGUGCCUUACCCCGCUUUACCCCGCUUUACCCGACACCAGGAAGAGAGCACAUGGCACGAUCCUGCACUGAGACUGAGAGUGAGAGGCACGCGCUCUUUGCCAACCCCACUUCCUGGCACUCGCGCGGUGACGUCACUCUGCACAGCGCAGGUAGUCCCAGUAUAAAGGUGUGGCGCAGCGGGACGAGCAGCGAUCGAUCGGACAGGACAGGUGACGAGGGGCGACGGCGACGGCGACGGCGACAGUGACGGCAUGAGCGGACACGGCACAGCGCAGCGAGGCUGAAAACCGCUCAAGUUCGAUGCUGACCUGCGACCAAACGCGAGCCUGGUUGUACAUUAGCUAUUUUCCUGCCCCUUGCUGCGCCCCCCCACAUCCUGCCCAGCUCUAUGAGCCUCCAGCACCUCUGACACGUCUGUGAGCGAGGAGCACAUGCUGGCCAUCGGAGGUGUACCGACAUCCCCACCCGCCUUCUGCGACGCAAUGGACUCCGGCUGCUGGAACACGGUCCCGGGCGAGGCUCCGGCCCCGGUGGGGGGCCCGAUGGGGGGCCCGAUGGGGGGCCCGGGGCAGCCGGACGCUGACGAGGAGUUCCAGCUACGGGUGGACUUCUUCCUGAAGUUGGGCUACUCCGUCAGAGAGGUGCGGGCCGUCCUGCUCAAGCUGGGCCUGGCCGCCGACACCAACGCGGUGCUGGGCGAGCUGGUGCGGAGCGGCGUCGCCGCCGACAGGGGGCCGUCUCCCGGCGCCCCGGUGCCGGUGUUGGUCCCACGAGGGGGGAGCUCGGCCAAGACCCCCGCGAGCCUGUCUGCGACGAUGCCUCCAUCCCAGGAGGGCGAGGAAGAGCAGGAGAACCUGCUGAGGCCCAUAGUGAUUGAUGGAAGCAACGUAGCCAUGAGCCACGGGAACAAAGAAGUCUUUUCCUGCCAAGGUAUUCGGCUCGCAGUCAACUACUUCUUGGACAGGGGUCAUACUGAUAUAAAAGUGUUUGUGCCCUUGUGGCGAAAAGAGCAACCCAGGCCAGAUGUGCCAAUCUCAGAUCAGCACAUUCUGCGCAACCUGGAGAAGAAGAAGAUUGUGGUUUUCACUCCUUCGCGGCGGGUGGGCGGCAGGCGAGUGGUCUGCUAUGACGACCGCUUCAUCGUCAAGCUGGCCCAUGAGACAGAUGGCGUCAUCGUGUCCAAUGACACUUACCGUGACCUGCAGAGCGAGCGCCCUGAGUGGAAACGCUUCAUCGAGGAGCGCCUGCUCAUGUAUUCCUUUGUCAAUGACAAGUUCAUGCCCCCCGAUGACCCCCUGGGUCGACACGGUCCCAGCCUAGACAACUUCCUCAGGAAAAAACCACAGGUGUCUGAACAAAAGCGCCAGCCUUGUCCUUAUGGGAAGAAGUGCACUUACGGCAUCAAGUGCAAGUUCUACCACCCGGAACGAGCGCACCAGUCCCAGCGUUCUCUGGCCGAUGAACUCCGUGAGAAUGCCAAGCUCUCUGCUGUGAAGGAGGACAAGAAGCCUGGGCUGCUGAAAAGGGGGGGGCAGCCAGAUUCCUGUCCCUUCCCAUCUUCUGCGCCCCUCGAGCAGGAACUGGAGCGGAAGCUAUCCGUCGACGGCGUCCGGUCACCCAGGAAAGCCCAACAGCUCAAAGAGAAUGUGCCGCUCUGCUGGAGCGGGUCGCCGUGGUCGGAGUGGCCGAGGCACCCUUCGCCCGGCGGCAUGGAUUCAUCCCUGCUCCACAGCUCCUGGGAACACCUCGACUCUGGCCUGGGCUCCUACGAGAGCCUGCGCAACCACAACCACUCAAACCCCUGUGGGGCCGAGGUCCCCCAGUGGCGCUGCUCGUCUGCCUCACCCAAACAGCCCUACCGACAUGGCGGCGACGUGGAGAGGCAGGAGGCCUUCCCGCCAUGUAGCACUUGCUCCAGCGUAGUCCCGCCAGCCUGCCUUCAUCAGUACGCCCGUGGCCAUAACGGUGAUUUUACCGCGGCCUUGUUGCCCGGCUAUUCACGUUACGGCGGUCACCUGUACCCGGCAGUCGGUCGGCACUUCAGCCUCCCCAGCAAAUUGGAGCGAGGCGCCACCGUUAGCCACCAGGAAGAGUACUGGGCCCUGCGGGCAGGCUCCCCCAGCAGCCUCCCGGACCCUCAUCAGACUUCCAGUCACCUUGCGCAGGGCCACGCGCCUCCCUAUAGGGAGAGGUGGACCCUGCCGCACCAGGCAGCUUUUGAGGCUGAGCGGGAGGAGGUCCGAAAGAAGCUGCAGGCUAUUUUCAGCCCUGACCACGUCGACAAAGUCAUGAGCAUGUUCCCGCAGCAGCUGGACCCCCAGAAACUUGCUGCUGAAAUCCUCUCCCUGAAGUCCCAGGGAGGGAUUCCCUGAAUCAGUUAUCUCCCUCCAGCAGCUUACCCAGCAUUCCUUUUCUCUCAUCAUCAGCUCUCCGCCUCAAGCCUUUGCUGGCAUUUAGAGAGAAACCUGUUUGUUUUCGUACGAUGGCCGAAAAAGCGGUACGAUGCAUUGAUUGUCAAUGUUGUUGUUUGAAUUCAGCCUUGACCUUGUGUUUUUGAACAUGCUCUUCUGUGCACAUGGUGCACAAGCGGUGCCUUCAGGACCUCGUGCAGUUUGAACAGUGGUCUGAAGUAGCAGAUUGUUGAUGCAUAUUGCGUCCUCUUGGGGUUUACCCUCAUGCCUUAAAACGUAUCAGUUCUCCCGACUCACGUUCGUACGUUUGUUUUUCUCGGUCAUUAUCAUCUGUGAAACGUGUAAUACAUUUUAUUUUAAGCUUACACUGUAAAACGAUAGUAGUGUUGCUGGCGUGUCGCUUCCUGCGCGGUAUGUCCUCAUGACGCAAACGAGCGAUUUUCGGAAGCCAGGUGACAGCCUCCGUGCUCUCGAAGAGCUUCGUCGGAAACGCCGGCUCUUCGCGUCUCAAGCCGCACUGCACUGUCCUUCCGGGAUUUUUGGUCGUUGAAAUUUCACGUGUAACACUGUGCUUAUUUAGUCGAUGCAUUUUAUGCUUUUCGGGUUUGAGUUGUGGAAGGAACUUGCACAGUUUAGAGGAGUGUGUGUUGUCACAGCCCUCUUCGCAUGUAGCUCUAUGGGCACCGUGUGCCAAACUGUCGCUCGCCCUGGUGCCUUAGCAGGUGAUCGACUGCAGAGCACGACAAGGAUAGAAAGGGGGGAGGUUGGGCGGGUGGGCGGGUGGCUGGGCGAGAAAGGCAGUCUCUGGCUCCAGGUCCAACGAUGAAAGGAAGGAACACAAAGGAAAGCCCUUCUUGCCAAAACAGAAGCAGUUAUAGCCUCGCUGUGUCCUGUCCUCCGUGUCCCUGGCGCAGGUGGCACUUCAUCCUCACGGUCCUAACACAAGUGUCACAUUCUUGCCAAAGUACUUGUACUAAGUUCAAAAUGUCGUAUAAUUGUCUGAGGGGGGACGGACGAAUGUUUCAGUGUCUGUUGUCACAUAUGAAUUAAAAUAAAGCGUUUUCAGGAUCACUGGAACUUCAUGUUACAGUCUUAUAAAUAAACGUAUUUUAUGCCACAUUUCUUUGACUGGUCCAGAGGUUUCUUCUUAUUUUCUGGUGACAUUGAAAAUUCUUGAGAAAGACAGACUUGGUUCUCAUUACCACCCAAUGACUGCACUAGUGUCAAUCAGAGUCCCGAGAGCGAUGUCCCAGAUGGAUCCAAAACAGACCCUUGGCCUACAGCUAGGAGACACUGUGUACUGCUGAGUGGGGUUGGUUUCUGCGGGAUGCCGCGGCCAGUGGGUACGCUGCUGCAGGGACGCUGCUACGGUGGGAAGGCUGGGAAGGGUGUCCAGAAUGGACGUCGGGAAAGUCAGCGUCCUCAGCGAACAGGUGGACGACGUCCACGAUGCAGAACGCCAAUCGUGCUGGAGCAGGCCGGGACCAGGAGCUGUAGCUGGUG